UUAAUGCAUCGAAGGCCUAGAAUUAGGGCUUCAUUUCAAUUUUUUCUUCUCAAUCGAUAAUCUUAAACUAUCGAUGUUUUAUCGGGAGAUCAGAGCUAAAAUGUGUUGCUUUAUUAUUCUUCAAAGAUUUUGAGGCGAACGAUUAUGGUCAUGUUUACGUAUAUAAAGCAUAUAAAAUUAGGGAUUUUUUUUUAAUUUCUCCUUUCAAUAUGUUUUUAAGAUAUGUUAUUGCAUAAUCUUUUUUUUGAGAUUACUUAUUUAGAAAAUCAUAGAUCUUAGCUUUUCAAGGAAAGAGAUGGUUUCUAAAGUUAAUGGAUGAGCAAAUGUCACGAAGCUCUCUGAAUAAAUUCAAUUCAUUGGCUAUUUUUUGAUUUGUAAGUGGCUGGAGGCUCUAUUGGUAAAAAGAUUUUUAACAUUGUUGUAGUUUUCCCUUCUAAAGUCAAUUUUUAAAAUAACAUUCCCUGAGCUAAAAAUUUGAAUGGUGUGCAGUUAUCUUAGGAAAUUUCUUACUCCACCAAAUUAGGAAGAUGCCUUUAGCUCAUGUUUUGGUUAUCAAUAUAUUGUGACUAUGCUGGAAUUUUAUGCUUAUAAGAGUUCACCAAAAAUUGUGGCUCAAUAUCAUGGAAUAAUAUAGGAGAACUGUAUUGCACAAGGUUUUACGAGCCAUAGAUAUGUGUGGUGCUGGAGUUACAAUUGUUAUGUUGUAGUUGUCGAAACAGCCUGAUUUAUAUCAUGUUUAUUUAGUACUUUUUUCAGUAUUUCUCCCUUCUGUGAUCGAUGUUAAGGUUUGGUAUGCAUAUUUCUUUCCAAUUUGUAUGUGGACCUUCAUGCCACAUUACAUUACUUUUUAUGUUAAUAUCUUCUGUAUAAGUAGUUUUUCUUUCUAAUUUAUAUGUGGCUUCAUGUUUUUGCCAAACUACUAAUCUGUAAGCGAACAUGCUGCAAUCUAUACGCCGAUAAGUGUCCACAACUAAGUAAAAAUUUAUUAAUUAGUUCUUUUUAUUGAGAUGGCCACAAAAAUUGGUCUUAAUAGAAUUUUUGUUUUUUUAAAGAUUAUUUAUUUAGAAAAUGAGAUGAGCAAAAUGUACUCACAAAUGUUUGUGUUUUUUAUUGAGAUGGCCACAACUUAUGUUGUUAUUCACACAUAUCUUAGCUUUUCAAGGAAAGAGAUGGUUUUUUAUUGAGAUGGCCACAAAUUAGGUUGUUAUUCACACAUAUUUGUGUAACUGGUAGAAUCUUUGACUACAUUGAAUGGAUUUUAUCUUGAUGAUUUCUCUCCAAACAAACCAUAUAAACCCUCUAUGUGGACUGAAGUCUGGACUGCAUGGUUUACAAGGUUUGGAGGUACAGUUCCUUAUCGACCCGUUGAAGAUGUGGCCUUUGCUAUUUUGCACAGUUCAUACAGAAAGGUGGAUCUUAUUUCAACUACUAUAUGGGAAGAUAUUGAUUCUGCUGUCAAAACAUACCAUCUAAUGUCACAGCGGUGGUUUACACAUGCUUCUCCUACCUUAUUUAAUGUUGGCACUCCUCGUCCCCAGUUAAGCAGCUGCUUCCUUAUUUGUAUGAGAGAUGAUAGUAUCGAGGGCAUAUAUGACACUCUCAAGGAGUGUGCUGUUAUAAGCAAAUCUGCUAGAGGAAUUGGUGUUUCUGUUCACAAUACUUGUGCAAUGGGCAGUUAUAUUCGUGGAACAAACGAAACUUCUAAUGGUGAGAGCAUUUAUCCAUCGAUCUGCACCAUCCAAAUCUGGGACCCACCACGUGAUUGCAUAGCUGGUGCCACGUCACGAUCUUAGCCAACUGACCACGAACGAAGGCUUGAGUCCUUAUCACUAACAGUGAGGGCAGUUUAGUCAUUGCGUGAUCUCACGGCGUCAGUAUUUACUUGCACC